AUGUCAUCCUCCAAUCCUGACGAAGGCCACGCUCUUAAACGUGGAACUGCACAAUACGAAGAAGCACGGAAUUUCUACUUCAAUAGAGAAGAGACUGACAGAUAUCCGACUGAGAUACAUGUGGCAAAGACCUCUCAGGAUGUCGUCGAAGCACUUCGCAGGGCCAGAGAGCUAAAGGUCUCAGUCGGCAUUCGAUCUGGAGGACACCUCCCUUCCAAACCCUCCUUAGUCCAUAACGGAGUUCUUAUCGACGUCAGCAACAUCAAUCACCACGUCAAAUAUGAUGAAGUCACUGAGGAGGUCGAGGUGGGCCCCGGCAUUCGCGUUUAUGAAGCCUGGAAGGCUACAGACGCAGUCGGCAGAUUCUUUCCUUUUGGGCAUGCGCCUGACGUAGCACUAGGAGGUUUCUGUCUAGCAGGCGGGCAAGGUCUCUUCAUGAGAGCAUGGGGAGCUACUAUUACAGAAUGGAUUGUUCGACUGGAGAUUGUUGUUCCGGAUGGUAGAGUAUUGAUAGCAAGCCGGACGGAAAACGCAGACCUCUUCUGGGCUGCUCGAGGCGGCGGGCAAGCGUUCUUUGGAGUUGUGACCCGAAUCUGGAGUCGGACUAUACCAAAGAAACGACUAUUCUGGCGAUCUACAACAUUCACUAUUGACGAUAAGUUCGAAAACUUAAUCACAUUUGCUUUCGAACGAAAUGACGCUAUGCCAAGAAAGUUUACCGAGUCGGCCAUCUGCGUACUUCACCCGGAGUUGUUUGACAGUGAAGCGGCGGAAGUUGUUCCCGAAUCAUCACCUUUAGUAAUGGCUAUCAAUGUUUGCGCUUACGCCGAUACUUUGGCCGAGGCUGCUGCAAUGUUAGAAGUCUGGGACGUAGUCCCUGAGAACAUCAAAGGCUGCCUUACUGAGGAAAAGGUCACGGUAGAAGCGAGCGGGGAGGAGUUUUUAGAGCUUCAGCGACAGAUCAAUCCCGAAUCACCGGGCCAGAAAUGGGGAAUCAACAGUAUCUGUUGGUAUCCCUAUUACAGGGUAGUUAGUUCGAGCCGUAGUUGA